AAAAAGGAAGCGCCCAGUUUCCUCCGUCUCAGUCGUCCCGCAUUGCUGCUGUGUUAGUCUUCUAAGAUCGGCGUGAAAAGCUAAACUUUAAAGAAAAAUGUCGGACGAGGGCAAAUUAUUCAUUGGAGGUCUGAGCUUCGAGACGACAGAGGAUUCUCUGGCCGCGGCCUUCGGCAAAUACGGAACCAUCGAAAAAGUGGACGUUAUCAGAGACAAGGAAACGGGAAGAUCACGUGGGUUCGGCUUUGUGAAAUAUGACAACGUUGACGAUGCUAAAGACGCAUUAGACGCCAUGAACGGAAAGACUCUAGACGGUCGUGCAAUUCGUGUGGACGAGGCAGGGAAAGGUGGACGUCCCAGAGGAGGAGGAUUUGGAUCCAGUCCAAGAGGCGGCAGAUUCAGCGGCCCUAGAGGCGGCAGGGGUGGGCGUGGUUUCUCCAGAGGUGGCUACAACAGUGACAGGGGGUAUGGAGACAGAAGUUAUGGUGACAGAAGCUUUGGUGGCGGCGACAGGAGUUUUGGUGGUGGAUACAGAGCUGGCGGUUAUUCUUCAGGUGGCUACAGAGAGAGCAGGAGCCAAAGUGGAGGAUAUGGUGAUCGCUCUGGGUCUUACCGGGAUGGCUAUGACAGUUACGCACACGAGUAAACGUCUCCCUGAUUCAAGAUCAUCACUUGGCUGGCUGUAUUUGAAAGCUGCACUCUUCAAGAAAAAUGUCCACGUGUUUUUUGCUGACCUUAGUUAUGUAGUUCUGUUGUAGUACCUUGAAAACAAAAGGAAAUGUAGAGGUGAAUUUUGGUCAUUGUUCUACCAUGUUACAAAAUGCAGUUUUUAAUUGGGCAUCCCAACACAUUAAAUUGAGUCUUCUGUAAAGUCUGUUGGAAACCCAGGCUGGGAUAUGAAGCAGCUCCACUUUUUUUUUUUUUUUUUUUUUUUUAUCAGCCACAAGCCUGUCCUUGUCAAGAACUUUUAAGGAUUUGCUGACAUUUCCUUAUACAUGAUUAUUUUAUACAGUAGGUCCCCAUUUUUCUUUGUCUUUAACAGACCUACCUCCUGCAAAAUCUUUUUAAACUGGGAAGAGACCCAUUUACCAAACUUUUAGGAAUUUUAUUGUUAAAUUCCUUAAGCUAAGAGAACCUAAGUUAAACUCUUUUUCUGCUCAAUGUCCCAAAAGAGUGAAUUCAGACUGAACUACACUUCUGAAGUGGCCAGCUGUUCAUGAAGUUGCAAAAUGCAGCAUGCUACAGUCUGACCAAGGUAUCUUCUGUGCUCUGCUCAAUCUCUGCCAUUUAAAUGUGCUGUAAAAUGGACUAAUCUUAAAGUGAUCGCAAAAUGUAACUUCGUUCUUCAGAGUUAAAUAUAAAUGGGAACAGUUUUGUACUUUGUGUUCUUUGUAUUAAAGUUUUUUUUUUUUUUUUCCUGUCAGUUGGCUUCAUGGAGCCUAUUAAACAAAAUAUGGAAAAUGA